AGUGUUGCAAACUAUUGCUUGAGGCAGUGUGGUAAAACACGUUGAGUUGGCAAAGAGUGGUAGUUUUUUUUUGUUUUCGGUGUGAAUUUUGUUAAUGCUACUAAAAUUAUCAACAAAUAAAGUUCAUUAACUGUAAUAAACACAAAGAGUAAAUAUAAUAAGCAUUUGAGUACAAGCGCGUUAGCGAACAUGUCAAUAAUCAAUAACGAUGACACCAUAAUGCCCAUAGAUGAAGAUCCGCAGGUUAUUAUUAAUGAGGAUGAGCCGCCAACUGGACCAGGCAUACCAAAUGGACGUUCCAUGGAUUCGCUGCGCUCUGCGUUUACCAAUCGUAGUACUACGCCGGACUCCUCCCACAACUCGCUGGAUACAGUAGAUGCAGGAGUGUUGGAUGAUCGUUUGAUUACUCAAGUGCUGGAGCUACAAAAUACGUUAGAUGAUCUUUCACAGCGAGUGGAUUCAGUUAAGGAGGAGAAUCUGAAAUUGCGCUCAGAGAAUCAAGUGCUUGGACAGUAUAUAGAGAAUCUCAUGUCAGCCUCCUCGGUGUUCCAAUCCACCAGUCCGAGUGCUUCUAAAAAGAAGUAGGGUCUAUGUUCUAUGUUUCACUCCCAAAUAUGCCUUGUCACUCAGAUAUGUACAUGUAUAUGUAUGUUAUGCUAACUAUGUAAUUGGUGUUUGCUACUAAUUAUGCUCAUUGUGCACAAUAUUUUUAUAUUUGUUAGAUGUUAAGCUUAUAUUUGUGCUAUAUUUAUAU